AUGACCUCAGUAUUUUGUGCCAUUUCACUCAUAAAAAAUGUCUCAGGAGGUAAUAACUCUUGCACUGGCACUGCAACUUAUAGAGUCGGGGAAGAUGAAUUUCAAGAUUUCACUUUCAAAGCCUUCUACACAAACGACAACAACAACAAUAUGAUUGCAGAAAUCUUCAAAUCAAGUAUUUCUUUGGUUGUUGGACGUCUCUCACUUGAAGGUGAAGAAUUAUAUACCACAAUGCUCCAGUACGUCCCAUUAAACAUUCUAACUAUUGAUGAUCAAGCAUCCAAGUAUGACCUUCCUAUUUCAUCAGCAUUCAUGAUUUUCACUGCUCCAAUUCAUGAUAUACCUAUUGCAGAAGGGGGGGACAAGGCCAUAUUCAGACUAAAAAAAGAUAAUUAUAACACAAUCACAUCCAACCAUAUUCCAACAUCAGUUAUAUGUAAAUAUAACCCUGCUGGCCGAUUCUCAAGUGUUAAAGAUGCAGCAACACGACGUCCAAUUUUUUCAGUUGGUGGUGAACUUAUUCCUCUAAAAAAAUCAAUCUGCAUACUCCCUGAUGUCAUUGAAUGGAAUUAUCCUCUCCCUGAUAACCAACAAGCACAACAAAUGAAUGAAAGGGGGAAUCAACUCUCAUCACCAAGUAAAAGACAAAGAAGAGAAGAGUUAGAAAGGACAGCACAAAAAUUUGAAACAAGACAAACAAGCUAUAGAAGUCCUAUCACCACUAGUGGGCAAAGUCAAAGAACAAACCAACAAAACAGUCCUUCAAGACAUGACAUAUUAAGCUCAGCUAUGAGAAGCGUGCAAAGUAAUAGCACAACUGAAAAUAACACAACAACUGAUGAUAACACUGAUAAUACAAUCAUUAACAAUAAUGAACAUGAAAGUGUUGAAGAAAACGAUAGUGAUGCAACUACCUAA